AUGGCUCCCUCACGCACCUCACCUCCUCCCAGCAACAUCUCUCAAGGCCUCACCCCAGACCAACUCGAAUCCUGGAACAAAGACGGCUACCUCCUCCUCCCCAACGCCCUCUCCCCCUCCGAAGUCAGCACUCUCCUCGCCGAAACCAACCGCCUCCUCACCGACUUUGACAUUUCCUCCCACCCCUUGACUCGCUUCUCCACCGGCGAAUCCACCUCCCACGUCGGCGACGACUACUUCCUCACAUCCGGCGACAAAGUCCGCUUCUUCUUCGAGGAAGACGCCUUCUCUCCCUCGGGAGAAUUGACUCGCCCGAAAGAAAAGGCCAUCAACAAGAUCGGGCACUACCUCCACCAACUCAAUCCAGCCUUCAAGAGCAUCUCAAUCACUGCACAAAACGCCGCCAUCGCGCACGACUUGGGGUUUCGAGAUCCGCGCGUGCUUCAAAGCAUGGUCAUCUGCAAGCAACCCGAAAUCGGCGGUCGCGUGCCUCCACACCAGGAUUCGGUGUUUCUGUACACAGAUCCUCCCUCGGCGGUGGGCUUCUGGUACGCGUUGGAGGAUUGUACAGUGGAAAAUGGAUGUUUGAGCUUCGCGGCGGGGAGUCAUGAACGUGCUCCGGUGCGGGAGAGAUUCGUGAGGAAGAAAGACGGGAGUGGAACGGAGUUUGUGGCGAAUGAAGGAGGCGGAGCGUGGCCGAAGGGAGCGGAGCGGGAGGAACCAUUGGAGGCAGGAAAGGAAGAGGAGUAUACACUUGGAGAGGUCAAGGCGGGGACGUUGGUGUUGAUACAUGGCAAUUUGCUGCAUAAGAGUGAGCGGAAUACGAGUCUGAAAGGGAGGAUGAUUUAUACGUUCCAUAUGAUCGAGGGGGGAGCACAGUAUGAUGAGAGAAAUUGGUUACAGCCUCCGGAGGAAGGGUUUACGGCGUUGAACUCUGCAGUGAAGGCGUGAGGGUGGAACCAGUCGCGACUAGACAGCACGAGACGAGAGCCUCGGAUUUGUGACAACAGUGAUGUCGCAGCUCUUACACUAGUACAGCUUUGGUUC